GCUGGAGAGUUGCCUGCCGUCACCUGGCCACUGGCACGCCGGGUAAAAGGGGAGGCAUUGGAUGCUGGCCCCUUAAGGGCCUUUGAUGAGCUAUAUAGGGCCCACCUGCCUGGGCUCUGGAAGCUUCCGCAGCCCUAGCAGGAGAUGGAAGAUGCAGGAAGUCAUUGCCGGACUGGAGCUCGCCUUUGAGAAGGAUGUCAAGAUGCAGAAAGGCACUGGGCUCCUGCCUUUCCAGGGCAUGGACAGUGAAGUCGGGCUCAGCUGUGUGCGACUUCCAUUAAGGGCUCUGGAGAAAGGGGAGAAGCACUGGCUCCGGGGGCUGUACAAGAAGGGUGACCCCUGCAAGUUCCUGCACCAGUGUGACCUCACCAGGAUGCCUGAGUGCUGCUUCUACUCCGCCUUCGUGCUGGGAUUUUCGGGUGACUGCAGCAGCAACGAGUGUCCCUUCCUCCAUGUGAAGCGAGCUCUCAAGUCCCGGGACUGUCCUUGGUCACCUGCAGGUCUGUGUAAAUACUGCCAUGUCCCCAGAAUAAUGUGUCUCAACUAUUUAGUUGGCUUUUGCCCAAAGGGACCCAAGUGCCAAUUUGCUCAGUAAGUAUGAUCCCUCAGUUACCAACUCCCAGCAGAGUGCUGGGCCUGGCCUUCUAGUUCUAGAUCUUCCAUACC